GCGGGGCAUCGCCGCGCCGAGUAAAGGUGGGCAUCUUGCAUUGAAGGUGUUCAGGCAGUCGGCAACUACCCUUGCAGACGUGUCUGGGGAAUGAGUUUUCUUGCAUGGUUUCAUUUCUCUCGGGUCUUCCUUUCCGAGUUCAUAGACUGGUGGGAUGGUGGGCAUGCACAUCUUUUCCACCUUUUCUCUUUCCCUUUCAUCGCGCUCCGGGCUUCGAGCAUUAUUAUCCUCUCGGGAUUCUUUCGACUGCUCAAGAGGCGUUUCGAGGUGGAUUUUAGCAUGCGAUGCUCAUCGGUGAUGGGUCGGGCGGGUAGAAGCAAAAUGGAGUCGGUAAUUCCAAGUUCCCGUUCCUGCUUGGUGCUGAGUUACUUGACACGUGAUGCAGGGUUCUGGACGUCUAUAUAAUGCCACCUUUUCCUCGUCUGCUCUUGGACUCCACACACUUCUUGGAUCUCUACUAAAGACGCAACAAUUGGCAAUUCAUGGCUCUAAAAAUUUCCUGCAAGGAAAUAAUGCGCGGCGGGGACGAGGACUCUAAAAUACAUGCACCCUCUCGAAGAAUGGUCCGCUGGGGAAACCUGCCUCAGCGCCGAAUGUGUGCGACUUUGUAUUACGGGGCUUC